UCAUGAUAAAGUAACAAGAACCUGGCUCGCUCUUUGGAUUUUCAGAUUUUCUUGUCCACCCGAAAAAAACCCCUUCUUCAUUUUAUAUACAAAUAGUUCCAGAAUCUCCUACCUCACCAAUUCACAACUAAACCAUAAACAACUCUCCCCCUUUUCCCCAGAGUCCUCACUCCCCCUCCCCCUUAAAAUCCCAAAACCUCGAACCCAAAAAUGUCUGCUUUCAUGAUGAGCAUCACUCCAGGUAUACCCUCUUCUUCUUCUUCUUCUUCUUCUUCUUCUUCACCAUCACACAUAGUGACUUCUUCACCACCGCCGACGUCACUUCCCGUCCGUACGAUCCCGGGGGCGUACGGCCUUCCGUUGCUGGGCCCCAUCUCCGACCGGCUGGACUACUUCUGGUUCCAGGGACCGGAGACGUUCUUCAAGAAAAGAACGGACAAGUACAAGAGUACGGUGUUCCGGACCAAUGUCCCUCCGAGUUUCCCGCUGUUCUUGGGUGUUAACCCCAACGUUGUGGCCGUGCUGGACUGCAAGUCGUUCUCGUAUCUCUUCGACAUGGACGUCGUCGAGAAGAAGAACUGUCUGGUCGGCGACUUCAUGCCCAGUGUUAAGUUCACCGGUGACCUCAGGACCUGUGCUUACCUUGAUACUUCUGAACCUCAACACGCCCAGAUCAAGAGCUUUGCCAUGGACAUCUUGAAACAAAGCUCCAAGAUAUGGGUAACUGAGCUCACUGCCAACCUUUCCACAUUUUGGGACACGAUAGAUGCAGAUGUUGCAAAGGAUGGAAAGGCUAGCUAUUUGAUCCCACUCCAGAAGUCCUUCUUCAAUUUCCUCACAAAAUGCUUAGUUGGAGCUGACGCUUCGAACUCGCCCAAAAUAGCCGAGUCUGGCUACGCUAUGCUCGACCGCUGGCUCGCCCUCCAGCUCCUCCCCACUGUGAAGAUCGGUGUGCUUCAGCCUCUCGAGGAGAUUUUCCUCCAUUCCUUUGCAUACCCAUCUUUUCUUGUGAGUGGAGACUACAAAAAGGUUUACCAGUUUAUAGAAGAAUAUGGUAAAGAAGUAGUAAACAGAGGUCAAACCGAGUUCGGACUCAGUAAAGAAGAAGCUAUUCACAACCUUCUGUUUGUGCUUGGCUUCAACGCAUUUGGUGGGUUCUCAGUGUUUCUUCCGAGUUUAGUAAGCGCAAUAGCCAGUGACACCACUGGUUUACAACAAAGACUAGUCAAAGAAGUCAGGGAAAAUGCCGGUUCAACUCUGAGUUUUGAAUCGGUGAAAGACUUGCAACUCGUUCAGUCUGUGGUGUAUGAAACACUCCGGCUCAACCCCCCAGUUCCUCUCCAAUUCGCCCGGGCCAGAAAGGACUUCCAACUCAGUUCGCAUGACUCGGCCUUUGAGAUCAAGAAGGGGGAGUUGCUUUGUGGGUUUCAAACACAGGUCAUGAGGGACGGGAAGAUCUUUGAUGAUCCGGAGACUUUUAAACCGGACCGGUUCCUGGAAAACAAAGAGUUACAGAAUUAUUUGUACUGGUCCAACGGACCGCAAACUGGUUCACCCAGCGCCUCAAACAAACAGUGCCCGGGCAAGGACACAGUGACCCUCACUGCUUGUUUGUUCGUUGCUUAUACAUUUCAAAGAUAUGACUCAAUCACCGGGACUUCUUCCUCUAUUACAGCCGUUGAGAAGGCCAAGCAGGAAGCAGCAUGAUCACAGUCCGUUAAGUAGAGGUGAUUAUGAUAUAUGAAGGUUCUGUUUGUGCUUGUAAAUUCUUAAGAGUCUAGUUAGGGGUUGUAGACAAUUAAAGAGGGGCAGACACUCGAGGAAAGGGCCAAGCUGGAGGUGCCAAGAUUCCAUAAAUAAAAAUGAACUCGUUAAUUGUUAUGGGUGGUGGUUCAUAAUGUGGGGUGGAUCAUGGGUCCCCCACUCCGCUUAUUUGAAUGAGUGCCCAAUUUUUCAUUUGUUUAAA